UGCACACCCAGACUACCUUUACUUGAACCGCCCCAUGGCGUGCCCAGAGUAUAACUACCUGGGAUGCCCCUGAGUGCUUGAGCCAUCGCUACCUGAUGAGUCCCCGUGAGCCUGAUGUCCCUAGAAAGCUGGGUGGGAGCUGUGCUGAGGCCAGACUCCACAGCCAAAGUCCCGUUGAGUCCCCGUGAGCCUGAUGUGUUCCCUAGUACGCUGUGUGGGGGUUGUGCUGAGGUCAGACCCCAUCGCCAAAGACCCGUUGAGUUCCUGUGAGCCCGCUUACCGUGGGU